UGAAACUUUCAGACAGACACGAGCUCUCUACUAUUUUCUCCCACUCUUCCAUUUCCAUCGGCAUCGCGCCUCGGCUCCGCUCUUCGUCCUGAGAAUCUCUCCAAAACGCAUCAAAAUCUCUCUACAAAUCCGUCUCCAUGGAAUCCCAUACAUUUCAGCGCUCUUAGAGUGUAUAUCUCCGCCUUGAGCUUUGAUGGUUCGGUAGGUCUUCGGUAUUCUGGUGAUUUUCUCACUUGUUGUUGCUCUUCCCGAAUUCAGGUUCUUCUAGGAUGUUUAUUGGGUUGUUUUUUCAUUGAUUACAGACUGCACAAAUUCUGUGGUUUGGUUGAAUGUGUGGCCUUUGAUUUCCGCACAAGUAACCGAAUAUAUAGAAUGCAGAAAUGGCUUUAAGAGCAAUCUUGCUAAAGAAAAGGCACCUUUUCAGUUCUGAGAAUCUGUCUACCAGCUUAUAUCUAAGGUUGUCCAGAUUUGAACUUGGGCAAACAUCUCAAGCCGAUGAUUUACAGAGGUUGGGCUGCAUUCCCAGGCCUCCACCUGUAGCUAUUGAUGGUGGAUGUGAAGAGGGCUUAGCUCCCGUUGUUAGGGAGGAUCUUUUAUCCUUUCCAGCUGCAGAGUUUUUUCGAAGUAGUUUUAUAAAACCUCAAAUUUUUGGUCAUGGAUUUGAUAGGGGAAAGUCAGCUUCCUGUAUGGGUUUUAGAUGUGCUUUACAGAUUUCACAAUAUUCUUCCACGGCCACAGCUGGUCAACCUGAAUUUGGUGGCAAUAAUGAUAGAAAUGAAAAACAAGCUGCUAAGAGGAUUAAAGAGCCCUCACCAGAGGAGUGUGAUCAAGCAGUUGAAGGUUUGAGUACAGUUAAAGCGCAAGCUAAGCAGAUGCAAGAAUCCCAAAAAAGUGCUGAAUCUUUGAUGAAAAGCAUAUGGGCCAAGCUCCUAGGAAUAGGUCCUGCGUUGAGAGUUAUUGCUUCUAUGAGCAGAGAAGACUGGGCUAAGAAGCUUCGCCAUUGGAAGGAUGAAUUUAAAUCUACAAUGCAGCACUAUUGGUUGGGUACAAAACUUUUAUGGGCUGAUGUUAGGAUCAGCUCGAGGUUAUUGGUGAAACUUGCAGGUGGGAAGGGUCUUUCUCGAAGGGAGAGGCAGCAACUCACACGCACCACAGCUGAUAUUUUCAGGCUAGUUCCUUUUGCAGUUUUUAUUAUAGUUCCGUUCAUGGAGUUCUUAUUGCCAGUCUUCCUGAAAUUAUUUCCCAACAUGUUACCAUCAACCUUCCAGGACAAGAUGAAGGAACAGGAGGCAUUGAAAAGAAGGCUAAAUGCUAGAAUAGAAUAUGCCAAAUUUCUUCAGGACACUGUAAAGGAAAUGGCCAAGGAAGUUCAGGACUCCAGAAGUGGAGAAAUUAAGAAGACAGCGGAAGACCUUGAUGAGUUCAUGACUAAGGUCAGAAAGGGUGCUCGUGUUAACAAUGAUGAAAUUUUGGGAUUUGCCAAGCUAUUCAAUGAUGAACUUACGUUGGAUAACAUAAGCAGGCCUCGGUUGGUGAAUAUGUGCAAAUACAUGGGUAUCAGUCCAUUUGGUACUGAUGCAUAUUUGCGCUUUAUGCUAAGGAAAAGACUGCAAGAGAUCAAGAAUGAUGAUAAGAUGAUUCAGUCUGAGGGGUUGGAAUCUCUUUCAGAAGCAGAGCUUCGUCAAGCCUGUAGAGAGCGAGGUUUACUUGGAUUACUUUCGGUUGAGGAAAUGAGACAACAGCUGCGUGAUUGGCUGGACUUAUCUCUCAACUACUCUGUACCAUCUUCCCUCUUGAUUCUUUCAAGAGCCUUCUCUGUGUCUGGAAAGGUGAGACCAGAGGAAGCUGUACAAGCAACUCUUUCCUCUCUGCCGGAUGAGGUUGUGGAUACUGUGGGGGUGACGGCUUUGCCAUCUGAAGAUACUGUUUCAGAAAGAAGAAGGAAAUUGGAGUUCCUAGAAAUGCAAGAAGAAAUGAUAAAGGAGGAAGAAGAAGAAGAAGAAGAGGAGCUGGCUAAGAUGCAAGAAACUGCUGGUAUUCAGAAGGAUGUAGCACUAGAAGAGAUGACUAGUCCAACCAUUGGAGAGGAACCCAAAGAAAAAACAAAAACAAUGGAACAACAAGAGCAGCUAUGUGAGCUCAGUCGCGCACUGGCAGUUUUAGCAUCAGCAUCUUCAGUCAGCAGGGAACGUGAGGAGUUCUUACAGCUUGUAAACAAAGAGAUAGACCUGUACAACAGCAUGGUUAAGAAAGAGGGUACAGAUGGUGCGGAAGAAGCAAGAAGGGCUUACAAAGCUGCAAGGGAGGAUACCGACCAAGCUGCCGAGUUGACUUUAGGUCGCAAGGUUUCUUCAGCACUAAUUAAUAGGAUUGAUACGAUGCUUCAUAAGCUUGAAAAGGAAAUUGAUGAUGUCGAUGCCAAGAUUGGGGAUCGUUGGCGAUUGCUAGACAGGGAUUAUGAUGGCAAAGUGACGCCUGAGGAGGUUGCAUCUGCUGCUAUGUAUCUAAGGGACACCUUGGGCAAGGAGGGAAUUCAAGAACUUAUCGGCAAUCUCUCGAAGGAUAGAGAAGGAAAGAUACUUGUUGAGGACAUUGUGAAAUUAGGCAGUGCAACAGAAGAUUCGGAUGCAUCCGAAGCAGGAAAGUCAUAAAGUUUGGUUGGGGAUAGUAUAUAGUGUUGGCUCAUUUCAGCUCUUGGAUCGGAUAAUUAGUCUUGACGUCGAUAAGGUUCUUAUUCCAUUACUUCAAUCUCAACAAUACAACUGAAAUUAAGAUUUCACUGAAUAAGAAAUUCUUUACUGAUGCAAUUAUCAAGUAAUUGUUCUUUCGAGGACUGGCCUUUUUCUUGAACAGUAUAUAUAUUUGAUCAAUAAAUGUUUUGUUUUGAACAA